AGGGCUACAAGUGUAUCAACUGCAAACUGCUGGUCCAUAAGCGCUGUCACAAACUCGUCCCUCUGACCUGCCAAAGGCAUAUGGAUCCAGUCAUGCCAUCACAGGAGCCCCCUUUAGAUGAGAAGAAUGAAGAGGUGGACCUCCCCCCUGAACACACAGAGGAUACAGAUGGAAUAACUUUCCUACCACACAGUCGCAAAGUGGACAAAGUGGAAGAGGACUCGAAGGACAUCAAAGAGGUGGUGGGCAGGAUCGGCGGUAUCAAGAUCUCCCAGGAGAUGGCGCUUGGCCUGGGGGACUUUGACCUGAUCCGGGUGAUCGGCCGCGGCAGCUACGCCAAGGUGCUGCUUGUGCGACUCAAGAAGAAUGAACAGAUUUACGCCAUGAAGGUGGUCAAGAAGGAACUGGUGCACGACGACGAGGACAUUGACUGGGUGCAGACAGAGAAGCAUGUGUUUGAGCAGGCGUCUACCAAUCCCUUUUUAGUGGGCCUUCACUCCUGCUUUCAGACAGAGAGCCGGUUAUUUCUCGUGAUCGAGUACGUCAACGGAGGGGAUCUGAUGUUUCAUAUGCAACGGCAACGGAAACUACCAGAAGAACAUGCGAGAUUCUAUGCUGCUGAAAUUUGUAUCGCUCUGAAUUUCCUGCACGAAAAGGGAAUCAUCUACCGAGAUUUGAAACUGGACAACGUCCUCUUGGAUCACGAGGGACACAUCAAGCUCACAGACUACGGGAUGUGCAAGGAGGGCAUCAGACCUGGAGACACCACCAGUACAUUCUGUGGAACCCCCAACUAUAUCGGCCCUGAGAUCCUCAGAGGGGAAGACUAUGGGUUCAGUGUUGACUGGUGGGCGUUAGGCGUGCUCAUGUUUGAGAUGAUGGCCGGGAGGUCCCCUUUCGACAUCAUCACCGACAAUCCUGACAUGAACACCGAGGAGUACCUCUUCCAAGUUAUUCUGGAAAAAACUAUUCGCAUCCCAAGGUCCCUGUCGGUAAAGGCUGCCAGCGUGCUGAAGGGCUUUUUAAACAAGGACCCCAAAGAGCGUCUGGGUUGCCAGGUCCAAACGGGCUUCGCUGACAUCAAGUCGCACACGUUUUUCCGCAGUAUAGACUGGGACCAGCUGGAGAAGAAACAGAUGGCCCCGCCUUUCAAGCCCCAGAUCACAGAUGACUACGGCCUAGAGAACUUUGACACCCAGUUCACCAACGAACCAGUGCAGCUGACGCCGGACGACGAGGACAUCAUCAAGAGAAUAGACCAGUCUGAGUUUGAGGGAUUUGAAUACAUCAACCCCCUGCUGCUAUCCACGGAGGAGUCUGUAUGAGGGGGAGGAGACCUCCUUUUCUUCUCCCACCUGUGUCUGUCUACUGCCCCGUCCACCCCCACCCCUCUCUCAGCCAAAUCAAUGAACAACUCCCUCUGGCGAGGAGGAGUGGGAUGGAGGGAGAACAAAGGGAGGACAAGUAAUUCUCGGCUUUGCACGAGGGACGAGGCUCGAGGACACAAAAAUGCAAAAAGGAGCCUUUUUUCUUUUGUCGUGGAUCUCCCACAAUAGAUUGCAUUAUUUUGUCUCCGGGGAAAAACUCUUUGGAGGUGGUCAACACAACAAAAUACACAGGAACAUUCUCAAAACUCAGUUGUUGAUUGUCUUCCUGUUUUUUUGGCUUCGCGGUUUUGAUUGUUUCCCCCACCAACUCAAUUUCUGUGUCAGCAGCACGGCAGAAAGCAACUUAAUUCUGUGCCUGCCAUUGUAGAACCGACUUUUACUUCCCCCCCGGUGGAUUAUGAAGGUUCUACGACUCAGAACUUGAAUUUAUGUUGUAGGAAGCUUCGCUGCCUCGAGCAAAACAAGAAUGUACAAUGAUGAAGGAAAAAAAUAAUGCUAGAAGUUAUUCUUGUGUAUUCUACUGUAGGUAGCGACUCCAAAUCAAUGCUGUCUUUCUAUUGAUUCAAAAUGGUUUGUUUUAUUCAUAACCAUGGACUUUGUUUAUUUUUUUCAGCCAGUUUGAUUUUCAUUUUUUUAAUUUAAGAAGUGCCUCAAAGAUCUAAUCUACAUCAUGUUUCUGAUUGCACUCAGCGAUUGUUUCCAAUUCCCUUCAGCUGUCUAGUGGGUUGGUCUGUUCCCUUCAGCGGCCUGGUGGGUUGGUCAGUUCCCUUCAGCUGUCUGGUGGGUUGGUCAGUUCCCUUCAGCUGUCUGGUGGGUUGGUCUGUUCCCUUCAGCUGCCUGGUGGGUUGGUCAGUUCCCUUCAGCUGUCUGGUGGGUUGGUCAGUUCCCUUCAGCUGCCUGGUGGGUUGGUCAGUUCCCUUCAGCUGCCAGGUGGUUGGUCAGUUCCCUUCAGCUGUCUGGUGGGUUGGUCAGUUCCCUUCAGCUGUCUGGUGGUUGGUCAGUUCCCUUCAGCUGCCUGGUGGGUUGGUCAGUUCCCUUCAACUGCCUGGUGGUUGGUCAGUUCCCUUCAGCUGCCAGGUGGUUGGUCAGUUCCCUUCAGCUGCCUGGUGGUUGGUCAGUUCCCUUCAGCUGCCUGGUGGGUUGGUCAGUUCCCUUCAGCUGUUUGGUGGGUUGGUCAGUUCCCUUCAGCUGCCUGGUGGUUGGUCAGUUCCCUUCAGCUGUCUGGUGGGUUGGUCAGUUCCCUUCAGCUGCCUGGUGGGUUGGUCAGUUCUCUUCAGCUGUCUGGUGGGUUGGUCAGUUCCCUUCAGCUGUUUGGUGGGUUGGUCAGUUCCCUUCAGCUGCCUGGUGGUUGGUCAGUUCCCUUCAGCUGUCUGGUGGGUUGGUCUGUUCCCUUCAGCUGUCUGGUGGUUGGUCAGUUCCCUUCAGCUGCCGGGUGGGUUGGUCUGUUCCCUUCAGCUGCCUGGUGGGUUGGUCUGUCAGUGAAGAAACCCAUUGGAAAUCAUCAUUUAUAAAGACCUGAGGUCCUCAAUUCUAAAAAGUUUUCAUGCACUGAUUUGUUCGUUAAUUGUGCAUACACUAAAAUGUAGACUAUGCCAAUGUUUUAAGAGUUAAAGAUUUAACAACCUUCAGCUUGAUUAUCACCUUGAGCUUGAUCAUCACAACACAAACUAUCGUCUGUGGGUGAACAGAAUUCUGAACGAUAAUGCAUAGUCCUCCGCACUAAAGUCUUGGCUAUAGUACGUCACUUAGAACAUCUUAACAAUUACAAGUUGCCAUAGUACGUUGCCAUGGUAAGUUGCCAUGGUAAGUUGCCAUUGUACGUUGCCAUAAACAGCAUAAAGAUGUAAGUUAGUUGAUCGCCGUAGAUUGUGAGUGAAGUGCGUUUUAAUGGGGAACUCGUUCUAAAUUGUGCAUAGUCACAUUUUGAGAACUGAUCGAACGCUCAAAUGUUGUAUAACAACUAAUUUGAUAAAUGAGGCCCCAUGUCUUAUGCCAUUCGAAUGGUUGCAUCUUUAAAAUGAACGUUGUGGAGCACAGUAGCCAGGUUCUGAUGAAAGCAUGGUUAUAUAUGGUUAAAUACUGUACAGGGCUACAUCACUCCUGAAUGAUUGAACCUUUUAACUUAUUGUCUGUGUACACUGGUGCACAAUGUGACAAACUGUGUUGGAUGUCAGUGACUGGCAGGCUGGAGAUUUGGACUUUGACUGCACAGCAGAAGGCUACACUGAUUAUAAUAGUUGAGGGCUGGACAUGGUGGUGGGGGAAGACAUUGUUAAGGUGCACAUGCUGAGCUGCACUACAACUGACCUGUAAUCAGUGAAUAGGGGCGAGAUUAAUGAAGCUGUGGCAUAUCCACAGAUUAGUCGCAUACUCGAGAAAACACACACACACACACACACACACAGACACACACACACUGUUCAACAAGCAAGCAUUCUCUUCAUCUACGUAAGGGGAGAUUCCACUUUUUCAAAGCCCUUUUACUUUUGAUAUCACAUCAGUGUCACCAUUUUGUUUUAUUUAUGAACUGUGUUUUAUGUUGAACUCAAAAGGAAUACAUUCACUUGACAUUGUCUCGUGAGAGACCAACGGAUUAACUGAAGCGGUAGCUCCUGCAAUUGUUGCUAACGCUUAAGCAACGGCCAUUUUAAACCAGAAAAAGAGAAAAGAAAGGUUGGAUCUCAAUAGUUUUUUCUUUGAUUCCUCACAUCCUCUAUUCUCGUCUCCUCUCGUCUCCUCAAAAUGCAUUAGAGCAGAAGACCGGCGGUUCCUCCCAAUACAAUUGAGAUUCCCUUAAAGAGUAUCUGUAAAAAUGUUACUUAGUACAUGAUUUUUUGUGUGUUUUAAAACAUAUUUGCUGGUUGGAUGUGCUUAAUUCUGCUUUAACGCAUCUCUGUAAAUAUCUGUAAUUAUUAAAAACAAAAAUGUUUUU